AUGGGCUUGGUCGCAGGCAGCAAAGGUGCGUGCUUGCCCAAGGCCACAGCAGAGGUUGACCGCAGGGAUUUGGUGAAUGUGGUCGCAGGUGAGUCCUAUUCCAUUGGGCUUUGGAAAACUGGUAACUAUGCCGCUGCCCACCUUACUACCGCUGUGGAGAUGCUGGGUUACAACACGGAGCUGAAAGGUACAGGAGGACUCGCCGUGGAUGCUUUCUAUGCUUUGAUGGGGUGCACAAAUCCUUUGGGCAACGCAGAUCGAGGUUGUGGCCGCAGUGUGACCUACGUUCACAUCAAUGUGGAGGCUUGGCAAGAAGGCUACGUUGACGAGUGGGCUCAAGUCCAAGCCCAGUAUCCCAAGGUGGCGCCCAUAAAUUUGGGAAAUGGAGGCUACAGUGGCACAAGCGGGAUGUAUGUUCCACUUGCCGUGCAGCAGAAGGCUUAUCAAGCAGAGGGCAUCAGUUUGGAUUUCUACAGGGACUACAACAUGUCAUGGAGAACCCCAGGGAGCUACUUUUCUCCCCCAGGUGAUAUGGAUGUUUCGAGAUUGCUUCCCUGCGCGGACACAGUGUUGAUGUCUAACGCACAUAUGGGGGUGUAUUUCGACCUCACAGGAGAUGCAGAGGGUGUGGUGGUUGACAGCGAAGGUUUUGUAGUUGCAAAAUGCUUUGCGGACCACUUUUGGUAUGCACCUGCCUGCAGAGCAGAUCCUGGCACUUGCUUGACGUGGUUAACUGCUGGCACUGGAUGGGGAAUGCCGGAAGGGUGGCUCAAGGCAACCAUCUACAACAUUCCUUUGGCAACGGCUGUUGCCAGUACUUUCCAGAACUAUGCCAAUCUGCCGACGGACUUCAAUGUCAUGCUCUUCUGGUGGGUUCCUGAUCCUACUUUCCUCAGGUUGAAGCCAAGAAAGGUCAUCUUUCCCGAGUACGAUAGAGAGGAAUGGGCCAGGGGUGAUCGACGUUCCGCCGUUCGAGAUUUUUCUGUGGACAAGCUCGUGAGUUGGGAUUUAAGGCUCUUGGCCCCAGAAGUGGAGGAGUUUAUCACCAGAUUCCAGCUCAGCCCCAAAGCAGUUGAUGAGAUGAUGUUGGACCAAUUGGAUACAACUGAUGUUGACUUUGAUGUGGCGUGUCGUAGUCAAAAGAACACUGGAAAUAUCGGUCUCUUCAAAGUGGAGAAGGACGAGAAAUUUUUGCAGACUCGUGAGGAGGUCAAAAUCACCUGCUUCUUCUCCUCUCAGCUGGAGGAUGCACAAGGAAUCACAUUCAUUUGCCAAGAAUGUCCCAGUGGAUCCUUCCAAGUUUCUGGAGCAUCGGUAUCAUGCACUCCAUGUCCAGCUGGCAGCUACCAGAAUGAGACCGGGAGUCUUGCGUGCAACCGUUGUCCAGUUGGCCAGUACCAAGAUGAAGAGGGUCAACGUGACUGCAAGCUUUGCCCGGCUGGUGCCACAACGCUCUUGUUGGGGUCCAACUCCAUUUUGGAUUGUGGCUGCAAGGCUGGGUCCAUCAACGUCGCCAGCGUUGCCACCAAUGUCACCAGUAAGGCUUUGGAGUGUAUUCCAUGUCAAGAAGGCUUCGAUUGCCCAUUCUCCUCAAGCGUUCAAGCUUUGCUGACAGGACAGCCUUCGUCAAGUGAACAGCUCGCGACCAGAAUCCAAAGUGGCUACUUCGCAACCGUCAAUGAUCCGUUGCAGCUUUUCCGAUGCAGACCUGCUGCUUGGUGCCCAGGAGGAAUGCCAGGAACAUGCGCUGGGGGCUUGAAGGGUGAGCCUUGCUCAUUCUGUCCUGAUGGAAAAAGCUGGGCAGGUGACAAGUGUGCAGAUUGUGGAGCCGCAGCAGUUGGCUGGGUGGCUGCAGUUUCAUUGGCUUUGAUAGGCGUUAGAACCGCCUAUUUCUACUCAAACUCUGCUGUCACUGCGCAAGCCACACCCUGGAGAACUGUCCAAAUGACGGUUCGCCUAGCCGUGAAUGUCAUGCAAAGUCUCGCGCUCUUUGGAUUGAUGUCUGCAAAAUGGCCUGAGACUUUUGAGCAAAUUUCCUCGAGUUUGCAGAUUUUUGUCCUAGACAUGAAGAAUUUGAACUUGAACUGUUUGCUUGGUGGCAACUCUGUCCUCAGUUAUGUGGCGUCCACAGUUGUAUUCCCCCUUGUGCUGCUUUGGCUGGUGAUUUGCCAUGCAGGGUCCCAUUUGAUUUGCUCGCGGAAGUGUGGCUUGCACCGCUGGAAAUGGCCUUUCACCUUCAACACCAUGGGGCUUUUCCUUCAGCUCGGGUUUGGCACAAUGGCUGCAGUCUCUAUGAAACCAAUGAUGUGCUAUAGACACCCCAAUGGACGGCACAGUGUGGUAAGUUACCCCAGCAUUUUGUGUGGAGAAGCUGGGCACGGCCUUAUGGUGCUCUUUGGGAUUCUGUCGUUGAUUCUUUUGGUUGGAUUCGUGGCCCUUUGCAGCUAUGCUGUGUGGAAACUUCCUCGAUGGAGCCUCGAGGGUGAGUAUAAGAAGGCGCAAAGCUUCCGAUUUUGCACCUGGAAUUUUCGCUCUGACACCUACGGCUUCAUCGUUGCCCUUCUUUGCCGCGGAUUGGGUUUUGCAGUGGCUGUUGUAGUGGGCACCAAUGCCCCACCGGUGCAGACAGGCCUUGCAAGCAUGGUCCUGAUCACAUAUGCUGUGAUGCAAGCGUGGCUACGACCAUGGAAGGCUCCUGUCAUCAAUGUGGCAGACGCUGUUUUGAGCGCCUGUCUCGUGGUAUUGGCAAACAGGUCUUCUCAUGAGGAUGGUCUGUUGGAAGAAGAAUUUCAGGAGUACUUCACCCUGCUGAUUUUGCUGCUGACCUUCGCUUGUUUGGCUUCCCUUGUGCUCCUUUGUAUUGUCGGGGUGGCUUUGCAGCUUGCUGGAGUUGAUUGGAACUGUGUCUUGAGCGGUGGUGGCCACGACGCCACGAAGAUCGCCCAGUCUCUGAAGCAAUGUGCAGAGUGGCUGAUGAAGCUUGAAACCGCCCACUUGCAAAGCGAGAUUGAGGCUAUGAACCCCUACGACGUGAUGACCAUCCUGAAUCUCAUCAGCGUUAUAGAGGCCGAUAUCCAGAAUACGAAGCCUGACCGGAGCGACCGGGCGACAACGACUUCGAACAGAUCGAGUGGGCGCGGGGUCUCGCACUCCACAAGUCGGGUGAGGCUGGCUGCUUUGAACGCCAGCAUCACUGUGCUCUCUGGCCCAGCUGAAUGGAAUUUCACCAACUUACAAGGCUCCUCAGCAUGGUUGAGUUCGGAAGAGUUCCUGUUUUUCUUUUUGGGAGGUGAAGUCCUACAGAUCCGAAGCCCGAAGUAG